ACUCGUUUGAACCAAGGCCAAACUGUAGUGGUCUUUUUUACAGGAAAGAGAGGACGAAACGGAUACCGGGAAAGCAAAAACGGGUGAAAAUCGCGGAGGGCCGCCGGCGCUGUUACCGGAGGAGAAGCUGCCGAAUCAAAUCUGAUUGAAGUCUCGGAGUCGAGGAACUGGAAUAGAGACAGAUAGCUACCUCCGGAAUCUGAAAUCGGGCUUUGCGGCUGCUACUGGAUCGUGGCACUUCAGAUGACAAAGUUAUAAUUGCCUGCAUUGUGAAGUCUACUGAAACUUGGAAAACUUUCUGAAACAGAGAGAAAUGGAGUCCAAGCGAAGCUCCAAAUUGAAUAUCGCAAUCAUUCACCCUGACCUCGGAAUAGGUGGAGCUGAGAGGUUGGUUGUCGAUGCUGCUGUUGAACUUGCAUCCCAAGGCCACAAGGUUCAUGUUUUUACAGCUCACCAUGACAGGAACAGAUGCUUCGAGGAAACUGUAGCAGGCACCUUUCCAGUUACUGUCUAUGGUUCCUUUCUUCCCCGUCAUAUAUUCUACCGGUUUCAUGCUUUAUGUGCAUACUUGAGGUGCCUCUUCGUCGCUCUUGGAAUGCUGUUCCUUUGGCCAUCUUUCGAUGUUGUAGUGGCGGAUCAAGUUUCUGUUGUUAUACCUUUGUUGAAACUCAAAAGAGCAACAAAGGUGGUGUUUUAUUGUCAUUUUCCAGACCUCUUGCUGGCUCAACACACAACGGCACUCCGAAGACUAUAUAGAAAACCUAUUGACUUCUUGGAAGAAAUUACUACUGGAAUGGCAGAAGUGAUACUAGUCAAUAGCAAAUUCACUGCAUCGACUUUUGCUCGGACAUUUAAGCAUCUUCAUGCACGGGGAAUUCAGCCUGCUGUUUUAUAUCCAGCUGUCAAUGUGGAACAGUUUGAAGAACCUCAUUCUUUCAAGUUGAAUUUUCUAUCCAUCAACCGUUUUGAAAGGAAGAAGAACAUAGAAUUAGCCAUUUCUGCUUUUGCCAAGCUCCAAAGCCUUGGGGAUGCUUCCUUGACUGUUGCAGGCGGAUAUGACGAGCGAUUGAGAGAGAAUGUUGAAUACUUGGAGGAGCUUAGAAGACUAGCAGAAAGAGAAGGAGUGUCUGACCGUGUUAACUUUGUGACAUCUUGUUCCACCAACGAAAGAAAUAACCUUCUCUCAGACUGUCUCUGUGUAAUCUAUACACCAAAGGAUGAACACUUCGGCAUUGUCCCAAUUGAGGCGAUGGCAGCUCAUAAACCUGUCAUUGCAUGCAACAGUGGAGGCCCAGUCGAGUCCAUCAACGAUGGAGUUACAGGAUUUCUCUGUGAUCCAACUCCGCAGGCGUUUUCGCAAGCCAUGGCCAAAUUCCUCGAGGAUCCAGAGCUCGCAAAGUAUGGGACAGGACGCCAGGCAACACGUGACAGAUUCAUUCUCUACUCGGAUUUUUGGGCAGCGCCUGAAUCAAUACGUUACCAGCAUUGCUGGCACUAAGCAAGAUUGAACUUCAACUUUUUUUGCAUACUUGGAUGAGCUUAAUACCAACAGCAUGAUUUUGCAAUUUUGUUCUCAGCCCGGCGCCCAUGGUGGUGGUGUUCUUGAACUCCAUACUUCCAAUUCUAGUUCGAAUUUAUAAAACAAAAAAUACAACCUUUAUUUAUUGUUCAUAACUCGACAUUGACUGAAAAGAAAAACAGAAGGAAGAC